GACCUUCAUUUUUGAAUAAAAAAUGAUGAAGAUUUCAGGAAGAACAUUUCUUCUUUUUGUAUUAUUAAUACAAUUCUACUCUUUUUGUCUAUUUCUUGUUGGAUUUUUCCCGUUAAAACGGUCGCUUCCCGGAACCGGUAUGCUCGUAAAUUAUACGCUGAACAAUCACAUCAUUUCUCAACCGAAGCAGCUGUAUGACAAAAUUGUACUUGUUGUGAUAGAUGCUUUGAGAUCAGACUUCAUAUAUGAAUAUGACCAAAUGCCAUUUGUUAGUGUACAACUCAAAACUGGAAAUGCAGAAGGGUACAUUGUGAAAGCGAAUCCACCCACUGUCACUUUGCCAAGAAUUAAGGCGCUUACAUCCGGGACAAUUCCAGGUUUUGUAGAUGUUGUGUUGAACUUUGAUUCUAAGGCUCUUACAGAAGACAAUCUGAUCUCUCAAGCUUAUAAUUCUGGUAGAAAAGUUGUAUUUUAUGGAGAUGACACAUGGGUGAACUUAUUCCCCGGGCAUUUUACUAGAACUGAAGGAACAACAUCAUUCUUUGUUACAGAUUAUACAGAGGUUGACAAUAAUGUGACAAGACAUAUUGACCAUGAGUUGUCUGCCUCUGACUGGGAUUUGAUGGUUCUUCACUACCUUGGAUUAGAUCACAUUGGGCACACUGUGGGUCCAACCAGUCCUUUAGUUAAACCAAAACUUCAAGAAAUGGAUGACAUUGUACAGAAACUUUACACAACAUUAGAAAAGAAGGAGGAGAAUUUUCUUCUUUUAGUGUGUGGUGAUCACGGAAUGUCUGAUCAAGGAAGUCAUGGAGGUGCAUCUGAUAGAGAAGUUCUAGUACCAGCUGUAUUCCUAAGUCCAUCAUUCAACAGACGAGACAAAGUUUGGAAGAGCCAAAGAGAACUGUUACAAGUCGACCUGGCCCCAACACUGUCUGUACUAAUGGGGCUGCCAAUACCAAAAAACAAUUUAGGGCAGGUCUUGAUCGCCGCCCUUGAAGGUCUCAACAAUGAGGAGAAGUUGAACACCAUGUAUAUAAAUAUGCAGCAAAUUGUUAAACUGAUGGAGAAAAGAGUAUCAGACUUUGAAAAAGAUAGUUGUUAUGACCUAUAUCUCCAUGCUGUAAAUCUUCACAGGUCAUUUCUUGAUACACAAACAACUUCGUCACCCACAGAUGUAUCUUUAAUUUUACAUAGUUAUGAGUCAGCAAUGGAAUCCAUAUCAAGAAAGAUAUCUGGAGCCUUGAUAACAUAUGACCAUUACAGCAUGUUGCUAGCUAUUUUGUUACUGUUUCUGACAUUAAUUGUAUGUAUAUUGUUGACAGUAUCCAGCAGACAACCAGUUUCUCUAACUUUGUCAUCUUCUACUGUUAUUUUGAUAACCCUAUUGGUCAGCUUCAGUCAUGUGACAUUUUGCACUAGCCAGUCACUUUAUAGUACUUACCUUUGUGGGAGGAGCUACACAUCUGUUGCUAUGCAGCUGGUUUCAUUUGGAAGCAUUCUUUUUUCACUGAUCACAUUAUCAUCUAGUAACUUCAUACAGACAAAUAUAAAGUUACCACAGUCAAGUUUGUCCAGACUUCUUUGGCUAGGUACAUUGUUUCAUACUCUUAGUUUUGGCUCAAGCAGUUUUGUGGAGGAAGAACAUCAGACCUGGUAUUUUCUUGUGAUGACGUUUUACCUGGUUGCUAUGACAAUGGAGGUCAAAGGUUAUGUAACUAAGGUUUUACAAAAGGAAAAGAUAUAUGCAGAUAACAGAACUUUCUCUAAUAUCUCAGUUGAUUUGGCAACUGGUGGAUUCUAUGAACAAAACAUAGUAAUGAACAAAAAUGGAGAAAAGAAAUAUCAUUUUAAACAUUUUUCAAACAGCAGAAGAAACAAUUUUCAAACUAUUUCAGACAAUUUUGAUCAAACUUUACUUUGUUCAGAUAAAGCUAUAACAACACAUUCCAUGAUUUCUUUACAUUGGAGAUUUCUGUUACCAUGGAAACAGAUUGGAGGAAUAUUUACUGUAAUGUUGCUAGGGAGGUGUAUGCGGACUAUAAACCAGACUGGGAACAAAUGGUUGAAUACUCCAGACCUAGCAGACUGGCUUAUGUUGCCUCAGAACAAAGCAUUGCUAUCAUUUUUGGUGUUCCUAUCUCACUUACUAAUUUUAUUUGCUUAUUGUGGACAGUGGGACAUAGAAUAUGUGUGUUUUAUUGCUGGCAUCUUUUCAUGCUACAAGUACAGAAUUACUACGGGUGGGGUGAAUAUUUUUAUGGACUUAAAUUCACCAAUUAGCCAAGUGUCAAAGGGGAUUUGGGAAGCAAGACUAGUUUUCUUUGUUGUUUUACUGAUGAAUCUCAUAGCGGUGAUCAAAUGGCUUCAUUUCUCAAAAGAAAAAGUUCAUAUACUCCCAGAAAAAUGUAAAGAGAUGUCAGUGAAAUCAGUGCAGACUUUUCAAAUGUCAUGGACGUUAUUAAUAACUUUGGUGCUGAGGACCCAUAAUACAUUGCUUGUUGCCAUGGUCAUUGUUCAAGAAGCACUUUUAUGGAGAUUUGUUGUGAAGAAAAUUAAACUGCCAGCAAAAUACCUCGCAAUUUUGUGUUGGUGGAUGGGACAAACUGUUUUCUUUCAACAGGAAAUGACGCUAGUCAUGGCAGAGAAAGCAGAUAGCGACAAAUUGAAUAUGAUUAAUAAUGAAGCUGGAAAGAUCUAGCAUAAAAGGAAAAUCUCCAGCAGAAAAAACGAAGGAAAAGCGAUCAGUCGAACCCGUCGCGAAAACUAGUGCAAAUUUUAAUGACACUGUCAUUUAUUAAAAAAACAUUUUUAAUGAUAAAAAAACAAGAUGAAAAACUGAAUAAACUAGUUGAUAGAAUGGAUGAUGUUGAUAGGGUUAUGAAUAAAGGCUUUCAGUAUGAAGAUGAGCGUUUUGAUUCAUACUCUGGUGAACCAGAAGAAUAUUAUGAUGUAACAUGUGAUACUUCAAGCAGUAAGCUAAAGUGCAAUGACAACAAGAAUUCUAGAUUUGCACAAAUGUCUAAAAAGUUUAAACCUCAAGAAAUUUGUGACUCUGCUGUAGAUGAAACUCUAGCAAGUAAUGUGAUUGAGUUUUUAUGCCACCGCAGCAUCUGCGAUGCGGUGGCAUAUAGCGAUUCACCUGUGUGUUUGUGUGUUAUAAAGAUUAUAUAGUGAACUUAAAAAAUCUUCUUGUGAAAAACCACCAGUCCAAUUUCAACCAAACUUGGCAGGAUUGAUCCUUGGGUGAAGGGCUUCCAAAGUUGUUCAAAGAAUUUCAUUCCAUGCAUAAAUCUGGUUGCCAUGGCAACCAAAGUGAAUUAUAAGAAUAAAUUUAAAAAAUCUUCUUGUAAAGACCAAAAAGGCCUAGAGCUUGGAUAUUUUGCAUAAGGCAUUGUCUGGUAGACCUCUACCAAGAUUGUUCAAAUUACAUCCCUGGGGUAAAAAUCGGCCCCGCCCCAGGGGUCAUUGAUUUUCACUAUAUGUACAUAUAGUAAAAACUUAAAAUACCUUCUUGUAAAGACCCAAAAGUCCUAGAGCUUAGAUAUUUUGCAUAAGGCAUUGUCUGGUAGACCCUUACCACGAUUGUUCAAAUUAUAGCCCUGGGGUCAAAAUCGACCUCGCCCCGGGGGUCAUUGAUUUUCACUAUAUGUACAUAUAGUAAAAACUUAAAAUACCUUCUUGUAAAGACCCAAAAGGCCUAGAGCUUAGAUAUUUUGCAUAAGGCAUUGUCUGGUAGACCUCUACCCAGAUUGUUCAAAUUAUAGCCCUGGGGUCAAAAUCGGCCCCGCCCCGGGGGUCAUUGGUUUUCCUUAUAUGUAUAUAGUAAAAACU